UCCAUCCUCUCAAGUUGCCAAGAAGAGAUGGGAUUAUUUUCCAAAAGAGGUUCUAAAAGAAAAACGCAAAAGAAGAACAGUAAACAAAAAAAGAGAUCUAAGCCAAAUGAUAAGAAGCCUCGGCAAAAGUCAAAGGGAUCACGCACCCCAACUGACGUGUCAGUAGGAACACCGGAAAAGGAUAAAAACUUGAAAGAUGAAGGAGGAAAGAAAGUGGAAAAAAUGAAAAAGAAGAAGAAAGAUGAUUCAAGAACUGAAGACUUUAGAGAGCAACAGGAAGAUGCUGUGAAGGAUGAUGAAGAUGUUCAACCAUCAAAAGGUCUCAUCCCUACUCGAUUCGAUCAGGAUAUGAACCUUGAAGUAACCAGCCGAGAUGUUGACGAAACUGAAGUGGAGCGGGUUUUUCGAAUGUUCACAGCAGAGAAGAAGAAUGCUACUCGAAUAACUGCGCCGAUUGAUGAAAAGUCGAAACUUUUGAUGGACAGAAUGCCAGCAAAGAAACCAUAUCCAUCAAAGUACAAUAAGGAUAAUGGACUCUUUCUGGUGGACGAAAGGUCUUCUUUCUUCACAAAGACCCCAGACACGAAGAAGAUACCUCAGGGAUCAGCGGACACUUAUGAUCAAUAUCGAAAAUUGGCAGAUGUUCGGAAAAUGACCACUGUAAAUGUAUUAAAUGAAGAUGGAAUACCUUUUUGGGCGGUCAAUCCAGAACCAAAUGAAGAGGAAUUGAGUAGUACUGCUCCAGCAAUCUCUAUUGGAAGUGAACAUUUGGAAUUGUAUCGUCACAAACAGAUCACUCUUCAUACAAUCAAAAACACAAAGCUAGUGCUCAAUGAGAUUCAACCAUUGUCGGAAAUGAUGAAGCGAGAUGAUAUUCAUUUUACGCCUGAACUUGUCUUCUCAAAUACUAUAAGAUCUCUUAUCAAUUCACAACGAAUGGACGGGGAAACGCGAAAAGAAAGUAAAUUGGACGAGAAUCGAAAGUCUGACAGACUGAAAAUUGAGGAUAAGAAGCCGGAGGAGUAUGUCUAUUUGAGCCAAUCCGAUUGAGUCUGCAAGAAUGGCGCUUCGUACUGGAACCAGGAGACAAAAUCGCAUCCAAGCAACUGCCACAACUACGACUUCCACCAGUUGUGAAGCUGCAUGAUCCUUUUUGACUUUCGUUAACCUGAUUACAAUAAACUUCAGUUUCACUC